UUAUUCGAGACAAGCCUUUUUUACUCUUAUCAUCAUUUAUUCGCCGGAAACCGUUGGAAUGGGAUCGCGAUACGAGGUGGAAGUGAAGAUCAUAUCUGCCAAGGACUUGAAGAACGUGAACUGGCGUUACGGCCCGGUGAAGCCCUACGCCGUGGUGUGGGUCGACCCCAAGGCCAAGUGCUCCACCAGGGUAGACGAGGAGGGCGACACCAAUCCUUACUGGGAUGAAACCCUCGUGAUUCCUCUCGAAUCUUAUAACAUCGAGGACGCCACGCUGUACAUCGACAUCGUCCACGCCCACGCGGGCGAGGACGUGAAGCCACUCAUCGGCUCCGCCAAGAUCCGCCUCCGCGACGUCGUGGAUGACGCCGGGCUCGGCGCCCAGGUCGACCGGAAGCUGGAGCUGAAGCGCCCAUCCGGCCGACCCCACGGGAAGCUGGAAGUCAAGGUCAGCGUGCGCGAGCCCCGGUACCAAUCCCGCGACCCGUACUACGCCCCGCCCUACGGCGUCCCCCCGCCCGCGACCCGCGGGGACUACCCGCCUGCCGCGCCGUACGGCAACCCGUACGGGGCUCCUCCAUCCGGCUAUCCUUACGGCGCUCCUCCGCCGCCUCAGCCGUACGGGCAGCCCAGCUACGGGUACCAACAGCCCGCUGCGUAUGGCCAGCAGGUCGGCUACGGGCAGCAGGGCGGGUACGGUCAGCCUGGGUACGCGUACGAGGAGAAGAAGAAGAGCAAAUUUGGGGGGAUGGGGACGGGAUUGGCGGUGGGUGCGGUGGCGGGGGCUUUGGGUGGACUAGCGUUGGCUGAAGGGUUUGAUGCCCUGGAGGACCACGUCGCCGAUGAGGCUGCAGAGAAGGUGGAAGAAGACCUUGGCUAUGACCCUGAUGACUUCUAGAUUAUUAAACUCUAAAAUCUGGCUCUUUUUUUACUCUGUUUUGCUUUGCUCUCCUCUGUUUUCUAUCUUCGGGUGUUUUAACAUCGGAAACUUAUAAUAUUACGGAGUAUUUUUAAUGUCACCAAAUGAUCUUACAUGAAAAUGCAUAUGGAAAGAGUAAGAUUUUCGGUAUACUAUAUUAAUCAAGUGGAUUUGUGGUUCAAAUUUAGUUUAUCAAAUAGAUGUCUUAUAUACACAAGGCAAA